GAAUGCUUUAUCAGGUAAGAAUCAUUCUACUAUUUAAAGCACUCUUAGGCACUUAAGCCCAGUUAGUACAUGUAACUUUUCUCAUUUCUCAUGCUAGACACCUGAAAGAGAUAGGGGAGCAUCAAGAGAAGAAAUUAAAGAGUAUGGGUUGCAGGCAGUCAAAAGGACAAGUCAUACAACAACGGUGCAACUCUAUCAAUUCCGGUACAAAGGGCAGUGGCAAAGAUGACGACGGGACGGCAAAACCUAAAGAGAUGUCCAACACCGAGAUGGUGAAGCAUGUCACCGACGUCAAAAUUGAUCAAAAGCAGGUCACUUGGAAGAAAACAAAACUUCCGGCAGUGGCAGAGGAAGUGGAGGAGGACGCUACGUCAUCAGAAGAUGAACAUUACUAUUCAGCAGAUGAGGAUCUCAAUAAAGCCACUAAGGAUCACUAGAACCCCAAAACCGUAUGCAUAUCCAAACUAAAUAUUCUUUUCCACUUUCGAUCAUUGUUUUGGUUUUUUUUUUUUCUUUUUUUGGGGGAAAUGUUCUUAUUUAGUUCAUCCCAGGCAUGAAAUGUCUAACAAAACCCUUAAUAAAAAUCUUUUAUUAAA